AUGGCAUCUACAGAUCGUGUCUACCUCAUUCACGAUGCGGAACCCUCCGUGAUUCCUCACACUGGGCUAUCCCCUCAGGAUGCCUACGGAGCCCAUGUGUUUCGUUGGAAAGAGUAUCUAUUUAUCGCCUCCAACAAGAAGCCGAAUGUCUCCGGAGUCCGAGACAUUUCUUUGAAAGGGCUUGGCAAUGAGCAAGGCUUUCUCCACUGUGACCGUUGCGAUGCCGUGAUGAUUGAGUAUCUAAAAAUUGUGAAGACCGAAUGGUUGAAAUUUGCAGAGGCAUUCGAGUCUGGGCUCCAAUGCCUUCUCCAAACAACUAAGGAGGCAGAAGUAGAGAAGGCCCUAAAGCAGCUGAAGAAUUUUCUGCAUAUUCUCAGAGAUAACAUGGGAAACAUCACCCGCGAACAACAAACGGAGAACAUCCAACACCCCAAGAGCUGGGCGCUCGACUCUCUCCUCUGUCUUCUUGGGGAUUUUCUAGGGAGGAUGGAGAUGAUCGAAUGGGCAUUCAACAUGGCUAAACAAUCUAAAGGGCCAUAUGAACUGCUCAGUCUUCGGGAUGAUUUGAUGUACCUGACUGGAAAAGAGACUUGCUUCGCACUUUCUCCUUCUGUUCGGCUCCCUUCCUGUGCGGAGCUCGAAGCGGGAGUUUCAGCAAAUGGAUUCCACAAAACCGAACUGCACAUGUUUAAGGAGGACAGUGGCAAAUUGUUGGGAAUGGAUGUCCGAUCGCUUUUGAAUCCUCCAGAUGAGGGAGAGAGGAAAGCGAUCGCUGCAUCAACAGAGUUAAGGAAGAUAUCUCAGCCUCCAUCAAUAACCCAGAGCCAGGUCAAUUUUCCACACAGGGUAAGAUUUCUCCAGCUCAUGGGUCAUACUUCUGGCUGA